AUAGCAUUAUAAAACUGAAGGGCAACAACACUAUGAUAAAACGAAACUUUCUAAAACGAAUCGUGCAUAUUUCAUUUCACUGGACCAGGCAUCAACCCGAGGUUCGAAAUAACAUAACAUAACUGCCAGCUGCUAGCAGGAUAAAUAUUAGCUAGGGACUCUUUUUGUUUAGGGUAAUACUGUAUGUUUUUUAGAAUUCCUGCACUUCACUGCACUACAACUAAACUUUAUAAAAUCAAUCACCAAAAUCAUUUUCAAUUACUUUCAUGGACUUAAUCCAGAUGCAGUUAUUUUUUUAUCACACAAUAUAAUUCGCGUUUGCUGUAUGUAAUUAAGGAAAUUAGAAGCAUAUGUUGUGGAAGCCAAAAUAAGUGUAAAUAUCCAGUAGUUUCCUUAAGUUAAAAACCAUUUCAUCGCGUUUUGUAGUUGCGACAGAGUAGGGGCAAAGUUCAAGUUCAUCUGAACUAUCUGCAUGGCAACGUAAACGACUGCCGAUAUGAUUGAGAGACAUCAUUUAGGGUGAUCGUCAUUACAGCCAGCCUCUUGAUUGCGAGGACUAAGAUAAUUUUCUUUGAAAAAAAGACCAUCAGCGAUUCCAUGUUUUUAGAGGACUGUUUUCCUGGUGGCUGGUGGUUCGAAACGAAUCGCAUCCCAUCGAAACCAACACCAUCUGCAAUAAAGGUAGCAUAGCAUCAACCAAAUGGAGUGCAAAUGAAAAAGAAACUAUCAUCAGAAGGCCAAGAGAGUUAACAACAGAGUAAAACCUGUUUGGUCUCUAAGCAUGCUCUGUCUACACACGUUCUUCCCUGGAUGAUUGUUUCCUCCAAAGAUCUUGGAGACAGGCGGAUAGGAAGACCUUUCAACGUAACGAAAGAGAAAUAAGCAACAAAAACACAUUCACCUCAGCACAGAAAAUCAGAAUCUUUAAGGUAAGGGGUUUCUUCGUUUGUGAGUUCUUGGUUGUGUGAGCAUCUAUGGGCGAAUGCAUCAAACGAGUUAGCUCAUCAUCUCCUCUUUGGGCUACCGAUUGGGCCGACAACAAUCCCUAACUUUAAGUAUAGGACCAUGCCAUAGGCAAAUGGGUUUGGCAAAAGAAGGACGUAGGUUCAGUACUAAAUGACAUAUCUUCCUGCAGACGUGGUAAAGAAGUGAGAACAAAAUGGAAUGCUAAUGUUACAAAAAAUCUUAGCUUAAGACACUUUUGGUUUUCUUUUAUACAUUUUCCAUAAUGGAUUUUCCAACAUGACCUUAUGCAAAGUACGCCCAUGAGUCGUGGAAAUACCUGUGUGUUUUUAAUAUGAUUGUCUUCCAAGUGGUUGGAAACGAGCAGUAAAGGCUGAAAUGGACCUUCAUUGACCUGCAUUGUUUGCUGAGAAUCCCAUAGCAUAUAGUUCAUAACAGAGAAAGCAGCAGAACCGAUGUAAAAAACCCAGCAGGACUUGAUGCGUAGGUAGGCUGAGUGUUGAUGCAUUUCUAUGAUUGGUUCCUAUGCGUACCAUCUUCUCAAUCAAUGCUUAUGCUGCAUAUGUUUGUUUUGUAUGCGUGUAACUAAGAGCUUGGGCUUUCAUUUCAAUUAGAUCAUAAUGCCUGUUGGUAAUCUUUACCGUCUACCUGCUGCUAGCAACAAACGUGGUUAAAAAGUAGAACGCUUAAUAGGCAGGAAUGUUAUAUUUACCUGGUGAAAAGAGGCUGUUACCGGAUGUCGUAAAAUACACGCAUGCUGUUUGUAGUUCGUGGUACUUUUUGUUUUAGAAAGAACCCUACUAUGUGUUCCGUAGAAUAGUUUUCCUUAUCAUAUAAUACAUCGUCAAUCUGUGUUCAAAACCACCGAAUGGAAUUCGUAAUAAAAUGUCUGACAAACAUAGUUUGUGAAAACUAUUUUUUGAUGAAAAAACCAUGGUUAUCGAACGUGGCCGUUUAUGUUUUGGAUAAGCUUGGCAAACACAAGAUAAAGAGCUAUUGUAUAUGAAGGCCAGAAGAGAACAUAAAGAUUUAUUAUGAAAUACGGCAACGUCGCCAAAGAAUAUAAUCGUCAACAUGAAAUCUUUCCCUUCCCUAAUACAUGAUAAAACGAGUUCGAGGCGCAUUGACUGUUUCGUACAUUAUUGUCCGGCUCUUACUAUUGCAUCCUAUGUGUCUACCAAGCGCCGAAUUGUAGUUUACUACAUUGUGGGUGGCAGUAGUGAGGCAAACUUCUGGUUUCAUAGAUCGAUUUUUCCAUCAAGCGAGAGAACGUUGCCAUUAUCGAACGGAGCGGAUCAAUAUAUCCUUUUGUGCUAAGGUGACCCGAGGGGAGUAAUAGUUUACUCGAAAAGUGUCGCCUCGCCAGGUAGACUGCUCGAAAUAUGGCCGAUUCUCUGCUCGAAUAGCCUCGAGUGCAUGAAAAUGAAAAAUUUCUUCCAGAUGUGCUCGACAGUUGUCGUAGCGCGGAGCAAACACUUCGACGACUAAGCGUCGUACCACGCGGUUUAAUCUUUAAAAAAUCGUUGAGUUGAAAAAUCGUUCCCUCCUCUCGUCUUCGGGAAAGGUUGCUUGUGUGUUGUUCUACCGUGUCAGCAUCUCACUAACAUUCUCAGAGGUUGCUUCGGAACGGUGCCAGGCAACCAAUUAUACGGCUAUUUUUUAUUCAAUAGUGUCUUCGCGAUUUUUUGCGAGUUUUAGAAUUUUGGGUUAACAUAGUAUGUAUGUGUGUGUGUAAAAGUGCGCAAAAAGUGUCCUUGUAAAGAUUGUGUCGAAUGUUUUCUUUUUUCGUGUUGCAUCGUACCUGCUACCUUCGACAGAAAUUGGGCGAGUCAGGAUGCUUGUAGAUUAAUCCUGGAUUUUGUGCCCCAGAGUUGCCAUAGCUACGAGACAGUCAUCGCUCUCAAGAGAAGGGGAGAGCGAAAAUUAACAAAGUAUUUAGCAAGCGGAGUGUUCCCGCACGUGCUACGCUCAUAUCAACCUUUUGGACGUGCUUGCUCGUGUUCCUUCAAGUGUUGUUAGUGUUCCAGUAGUGUUCAGGCAUAAAAGCAUGUGUUUUAACAAAAGCGGCAGUGAAACGGCGAAGGCUUGAGUUGAGUAGGUGGAAAAUACAAACGCCGCAGUCGCCAACACAACGACCGGGUGGGAAAAAUGAUACCCAUUAACAAUAAAAGUUUGCCAGCUUUGUAUGUCUCUGGAACAAAUGCCAGACCGCGUGAGGGUUGAUUGAGCCACGAUAGUGCAAGAGUGAGAGAAAAGUACUAGAACACAGGCGACUAUCUCACGGUUGGCAAGCGAUUGUUUGUAAAAUGAGCGGUUCUAAUAGGUGCUUUCGUAAAAGCGCUUACUGCUGGUGCUGUGUAUCUUUUUCCUACUGUUAGCGUCAUUGCUGUCGCAAUCAAGUGCUGUCUAUUGUGCUAAAAAGAAGCAAAUUAAUAGUACAAAUUAAUAUUUUUUUUAUCAAACCAAAAGUUUGCCAGGCGAAAAGCACAGUAAUUUUUUUUUAUGAAACGAAGGAAACCCGUGAAAACCGUGUGUGGAAUGAAUGAUAAAACCAUGUCUUCAUGUACGAAUGCCAGCAAUUCAUCGUAGCCGGAUAAUCUCAAUUCAUCCACUCAAUUCAUCGUAGUCGGAGCUGGGAGAUUGAACUUCUUUCGUCAGGAGGGGAAUAUAUUUCCAAAAACAAAGGGGCCCUUACAGAAGGGCUACUUUUUGCAGUUUUCCAUCGAAAAUAAUAGGAUUAUCUCUCAAACCAAACACCUCUUCGUUUGUUGCAAACAAACCAGCCGCCUUCCCAAUAUCGACCUCGAGAAGAACGAAGAAAGAAAAACAACGAAAACCUUCUAAAUGGAAUUAGCACGAAAGAGAUACAAAUCCAGUCGGGGUCCGGUGCUAAGGUCAAGCGAACGUCGCCGUCCACAGAGUAUAUCUACAUCCACCUCCACUUUAUUACCGCGGGUAGUGCUGAACCGCUUGGAUUCGAGGGACUGUGAGCAGCGUAUCCGUGUGUCGUACAAGGUUGCCAUCCGCAGCACCAGAAGCACUCGUAACAACAUCAACAGUAGUCACAGUGGCAUGAAUAUGGGGCAAAAGAUUAGUGGCGGCGUUAAAACGGUCAGCCGUGACCAGCCAUCCCCGUUCAUUCCGAAAAUUCCACGAGAACUGGCGGCCAACUUCCAGCGUCCAGCGCGUUUAGAUGUGCUACUGGAUAUGCCGCCUGCACCCCGGGAAACGCAGCUCAAAUACUCGUGGAACGCUGAAGAUCGCUCACUAAACGUAUUCGUGAAGGAGGACGACAAAAUGACCUUCCAUCGGCAUCCGGUGGCACAAAGCACAGACUGCAUACGAGGCAAGGUUGGCUUCACGAAAGGUUUGCACGUGUGGGAAGUGUUCUGGUCCACGCGGCAACGCGGAACACACGCGGUAAUCGGUGUAGCUACCGCUGAAGCACCUCUCCACUCCGUAGGAUAUCAAAGCUUAGUAGGUCUCAAUGAACACAGCUGGGGUUGGGAUCUGGGCCGAAACAAGCUCUACCACAACUCCAAGUCAAACCCUGGCGUCACUUACCCUGCAAUAUUGAAGCCGGAGGAAACAUUCGUGGUGCCAGACAAGUUUCUCGUCGCACUCGAUAUGGACGAGGGCACGCUCAGCUUUAUUAUCGAUGGGCAGUAUCUGGGGGUUGCGUUCAAGGGCUUAAAGGGCCGUAAGCUCUACCCAAUAGUAUCCGCUGUUUGGGGCCAUUGUGAAAUCACGAUGAAGUACAUUGGCGGAUUGGAUCCUGAACCACUGCCACUGAUGGAUCUCUGUAGGCGCGUUAUUCGUCAGAGAAUUGGACGAACAUAUCUAGAGGAACGCAUACCAAACCUAGCCCUGCCACAAUCGAUGAAAACGUAUCUGCUAUACCGGGAUAGAAGAUAAUAUAGCGUACAACAGCAGCAGUCCCAGUAUCGUUUCGAGCGUAAAGGUAUGGGAAAUAAACUUUUCCUUCCAGUAGUGUUCGCAUCGGUGACCACCACUCCAAGAACGAUGACAAAGACGACUAUUCGUCUGCAGCGGCAAUUUUAGAAGAAAAUGGAUCGUAUAGUUAACCAGAAAAUGUCGCCACUAUCCUCGAGAAGGGUAGCUUUCAAGCUGUGUUUCUUUCUAUUUCCAUAUUAUGUCUGAUCCGGAAUAAUCUGUAACAAUAUCAUUCCCAUCCUGCUUUUUUCUGCCCUCAAACAAGUACCAACAACUGGAGAAGCAAAAAAAAAUGGAACGACACUGUUUCGAACGUGAGCAAACGCUUACUGAUGUGAUUUAGGUUCGUUUUACUCACUCUUUGUCAUUAUUAUCAAUUAACGACUCCGAUCACAAUCAAGAUCGUUCAUAAUCAUCAUCUACUCUGGUUUCAUUGUUUUUUCAUUGACUAUGCCUAAUGGCAAUUUUGUGAUAUCAGACAAAGAAUGGGUAAAACUUAAAAUACAAAUACCCAUUACCCUAGACUCUCCUGAUUGUAGCCGUUGCAAAAGCAACCAACAACAGAAUAAUCUUCUUUUGAAGCAAUCGAAGCAAUUGGGUUCUUUUGAAGCAAUCGAAGUCAUUUCGAUUCAGUUUUUUUUUUUUGGUUUAUAUUGGCAAUCGCCUUGCAUCAAAAGGGUUCGCCCAGAAGCAAUACAUAUGAAUGGGGAGAAGUAAUAUGAUAAAAGGACUAGGUACGUUCUGGGUAUUGAUGAGGUACGUUCUUGCCGCUGAUGGAUGCAAUAUUAUUGUACCGAGAAUCUUCUGCAGUGUAAAGUAGACGAUACUUUUCAUGCUGAGUAUAAGCACACCGGUAGAGGCUACAUGCCUACAUUGUAAAACAGAUACUUACAAUCGAUUUAUAUAGAACAUUUCGAGAGACUUAGGUAGGUUGGCAAGUAGAGAAAAGCAAGCAUGAUGAAAGAACUGCGGUAGCGAUAAGAAACUUUUAGGAUUAAAGAAUUGGAUCAAGUAAACCGAAAUAAUUGCACAAGAGCAACAUGGCUUAGUGAAAGAGGAAGAAAAACUAUUAUGGUCAUUACUGAUAAAGAUAGGCAAAUCGAAAAAAUACGAUUGAUAGGGAUGAAAGAGAUCGAGUGAGGAAAUGUAGAAAAUGCAAUAUACAUUGCGGUCGUGCUGCUCAACUAUAGGUGAUCUAUGUUGUGUUGGGACGGUUGCGAGAAUCCUGAAAGUGACUAUUAGGUCGAUUUCCCUUUCCUGCGCGACCCUGCUCUUCCAUGCAUCGCAUAGCUGCUUUCUUCGCGCCGUGACGUUUCUUUCUAUAGGCUAUUUGCAAUGGUUGGAGUAAAUAUGCAUUUGGAGGUCUUAAUCAAUUUUAAGAAAACAUGCAAUUUGAAUUAACUGAAAAGAUAGUGAUGAUUCCUACAUUCAUUCACAUCCUUUGUUCAUUUGUCAUUCCUUUUGCGGUAUCACGCGAUCUUGCCGGCGUAAGCUUGUUUUGGGUUCUUUUCCACACUUGGCCGCCGUUUUAUGCAACAAUAACUGUGUGAAGAGACUAGAGAAAUAUGGUGCGAAGGAAAGGGUGUUUUGGCGUACAUGCGUGAGCUAUUAAGGUAUAAAGAGGUCGUAUUGAUAAAAACUGUGUUCUUUCUUUUAUAAGCUUUUUUAAACGAAAAAUGUAAAAUAGUUUUUUUUAGUGGAAGGUAUUGUGAAUGGGCUCGCAAGGCAAAAAGAAAUAGUUGAAUCAAGAGGAUAUAAGGAAGAAAUAAGAAGAAGAGACUCAUAUAGCAUGUAUGAUCGAGGAAGCAUGUCAGAUCGAGGAUCGAUGCAAGAACACGAACAAGGCUGGAUGCAUUUUUGUGUUAGCAGGGAGUGAUAAUGUAGGAACGGUGGUAAGACUUGCGUCAUAUUUGGGGAAGCAUGGAAUGUUUGAAUAGAUAAGGUAGAGAGUUAAGAGAGAGAAAUAUUAAGAGAAGAAAUGUCGCAUAUUACACGAGAAAAGAGAGACAAAGAAACUAAAGGAAAACUAAAAAAUCCAAAAGUGAAUUGCAAUUAACAAGGAAAGAACGCGCACUCUUCCGAUAGUGAGUGUGUGCAUUUAUCGAGUGAGUGACUCCCAUUGAUGAUUCCUCUUGUUUAAUAAAUCUACUGGACUGACAAUGAGAGUAAACAAAGUAAAAGAUUUGAACAGUGAGAAAAGUUUUCUUUAUGCUAUUUUCGACUUGAGAAAAUAUUUCAUCAUUACCAAAAAUAAAUCAUUUGCAGAGUCCCAUCAUAAUGUUUCAUGUAGACAUUCCCGGCCAUUACUACGUCAUAUAUAUGCAUGCUAAUAGUUAUUUAGACCUCACCUCGACUAAAGUAUAGAACAUAAGUAAAGCAACUCGGUAGAGGAUUAUGGAAAAGUACCUUUGGUUGAUUUUGAUGAUAUGAAGCGUGUUAGACGACCACAUAAUAAGAAGACCAUUAAACAUGGAGAAGGAAGCUUCAUUGUCUAAGGAUGCUUCUCUUGGCAAAGUAUGAACCUUCUUCAUCGUUCAUCGGAUAGCAAACGGGAUAAUGCACAUAAAAACCACGAGAAAUUAUAAUCCCUGAUACCCAAUAUAAAAUGUCGUUGACUUGGAGAAAUCAACACAACAAUGACCCAAAGCCUGCUUGCAAAGUUGUCCAAAA